AUGCAGGCUCGUAGGAAUAGCAUGAUGCGCCGCGUGGCGCGUCGGUACGCGCGCGUGCCUGGUGAGCACGGUGACGCGAGUGUGCCUGCCUUCUUCCCCAUCGCCAUCAAUCCCGGCUGGUGGGGACAGCCCUUUGCCAAGGUAAAAGACGGCACGAGUCAGCUCCUUUUCUGCUUUGGCGUCAUCUUCCCUGUCGCCUUCUACUGGGUAUUCGACGUCACGUUUGGCCAGCGCACGCGCAUCGCUCAAGUCGGCAAGCGGGCGAUGGCAUCCAACUUUCUUUUUAGACAGCUCGACCUUGACGACCCUGAUCACGCUAUCAAGUAUGAGCAGCUGCAGCAGGAGAUGGCAGAGAACAAGCUGGACGUCCGCUGGGGCGGCACGAACUUCUUGGCUAGCUACCUUUGGCAGCCCGGCGACCCAGAGCCGGACAUCCGCCGCAAGGAGGCACCCGCACAUCAUCAUCACUAG